AUGCUGGUGUACGUAGGUAGUCCACGUCACAUGCAAGAAUACAUUCAGGAUGCCAUGACUUUCGUGCGUGAAUAUGCACGACCGUUUCUUUUCAUCGCUUUUACAUGUAAUCCACAAUGGCAGGAAAUUACAUCGUUGCUAUUACCAGGACAAAAUGCACGUGUGUUUAAACAAAAAUUAAAGUCUUUAAUCAACUUUAUUACAAAAUUGCAUGUAUUUGGCUCCACACGUUGUUGGAUGUAUUCAGUUGAGUGGCAAAAGCGUGGAUUACCUCAUGCUCACAUUUUAAUUUGGUUGGUCGACAAAAUACGUGCUGAAAACAUCGACAGUUUGAUUUCUGCAGAGAUUCCAGAUCCGUCUACUGAUCAAUUACUGUUUGAUAUUGUUACUGCAAACAUGAUUCAUGGUCCGUGCGGAAAUCUGAAUCGUUCAUCACCUUGCAUGGUAGACGGAAAAUGUACAAAGCGUUUUCCUAAAGAUUUUACUAACGAUACGGUCACACAUGUUGACGGAUAUCCAAUAUAUCGUCGAAGAAGUACCGAAAAUGGCGGACAAUCUUUCAUUAAAACUAUCAGCAACGCAGACAUCGACAUUGACAAUCGUUGGGUGGUACCAUAUUCACCUCUGCUGAGCAAAACAUUCAAUGCUCAUAUUAAUGUUGAGUCAUGCAGUUCGGUGAAGAGUAUCAAAUAUAUUUGCAAAUAUGUGAAUAAAGGGAGUGAUAUGGCUGUAUUUAGAAUUGAAAAUACUAAUGUACAUUCUCCUCCGUUGAAUCAAAAUGAUGAAAUUACGAAUUACCAAAUUGGCCGAUAUGUCAGUUCCAAUGAAGCUGUCUGGCGUAUUUUCGGUUUCCCAAUUCAUGAACGGGAUCCAGCAGUUAUCCAUUUAGCUGUCCACCUUGAAAACGGCCAGCGCGUAUAUUUUACGAACGAUACAGUGCUUGAUCGUGCUAUAAAUCCACCAAAAACUACGCUGACCGAAUUUUUUGAACUGUGCAAUCGUGCGGAUGCUUUUGGUGCCUUCGCACAAACACUUCUCUACUCUGAAGUUCCACGGUAUUUUACAUGGGCUCAAAAAAGGAAAUGGAUACCCCGCAAGCAAGGGACACCAGUUGAUGCGCACCCAGGUUUAUUUAAAUCAAAUACUUUGGGUCGUGUAUAUACAGUCAAUCCAAGGCAGACUGAGUGCUUUUACCUGCGACUAUUGUUGGUUAAUGUCACCGGGCCAUUGUCAUUUCAAGAUAUACGUAAGGUAGAUGGACAACAGUAUCCUACGUAUAAAGAUGCAUGCCUUGCUCUAGGGUUGCUAGAAGACGACAAUCACUGA